AUGGCGGCGGGUAAGGAAAAGGAAGCCACGAGCGCCUGCCAGACCGGGCAGGCGUCGCUUGCGGCGCGCCUGCUCAAGGGCAUCUCGACGGCCACCGCAGACAAGGGCUACAACCUCGUCUUCUCGCCGCUGUCCAUCCACGUCGCGCUCGCGCUGAUGUCGACUGCCGCCGCAGGGGACACCCUUGACGAGAUCCUCCGCGUCGCCGGCGCGCCGUCACGGGAGGAGCUCGCCGCGUUCGUGAGGGCCAUGGUGGUGGACCGCGUCCUCGCCGACCGGUCGGGCAUCGGCGGGCCGAGCCUCUCGUUCGCGUGCGGCGCGUGGACCGACAAGAGCUGGCCGCUCAGGCCCGCGUACGUCGACACCGUCGUCGGGACGUUCAAGGGCAACACAUGGGCCGUCGACUUCCAGAACAAUCCAGUUGAAUCAAGACAGCAGAUCAACGCAUGGGUGGCCUAG